AUGGCUGAUCGUCUUGCUUGGACAGAUGGACAACUGCAUGUCGGAGAAGCUCUAGUAACAACACAAAAUGGAGUUUCCAUCAAUGAUGGGCCAGAAAAAACGGAUUAUCAAAAAGGUUCAAUAGAAUUAACUAGUCAUCGAAUAUUAUGGAAAGAUAAAUCGGCACAGGUAGAAUUAGCAUUGUCUAGUGUUAUAUGUUGUGAGAAAAAAGAUGCUUCAAUCAUAUCAAAGUAA